CACCGUAUAUACUUCCUCUUUAAUAGUCGCCAUCAAGCAAAAUGGUGCAGCGACUCACAUACAGACGUCGCCUGUCCUACAACACAAGGUCUAACCAGAGAAAGAUCUCCAAGACACCGGGUGGUAAACUGGUAUACCUUUACAAAAAGAAGCCUGGUACUAUUCCAAAAUGUGGUGAUUGCAAAGUCAAACUACACGGGAUCACCCCUGCACGCCCCCUGAAACUGAUGGCCAUGUCCAAACGUCUGAAACAUGUCACCAGAACAUAUGGUGGAUCUAGAUGCCACAAGUGUGUGAGAAGCAGGAUAGUUCGUGCUUUCUUAAUUGAAGAACAGAAGAUUGUUGUUCGUGUUCUCAAGGCCCAGCAGGCUGCUAAGAAGUGACAUUUUGUAAAAUAACAAGGGGGAUGAAUAAAUAACUGAUUAUUUGUACACAGAAUCAACGUGUUGUCUUGAAACCUUCAAUCUUUAUUAAGUGUCAACUUGCGUGCCAGCUGAAGAUAUUAUGGAAAAUUUGUGGAACCAAAUCAGAGAAAAUUGCUAAAAUCUGCAACAUGUAUUUAAUGAACAUGAAAAAAAAGCUGGCAACAAUUGCUAUACAGGCCUUGUGCAUUUGCACCCUCACAACCUUUCAUGUAGAUUUUGAAGUGGGCCAUGAACAUGGUUCUCAUUCAGUGUAUCUGAAAAUGUGCCUUUGAUGAUUUGCUUUAAUAGAUUGCCAACCUU